AUGGCCAAAAAAACCCGCCAAAAAACGAGGACUGGGAACAAUGGUACUAGUAAGAAAACAGACAGAUUAUUGAAAAGGACGUAUUAUGACCCUGGGCAUGCAGGUAGUUUUGGCGGUAUAGACGCCUUAAAGCGUGCAGUCGGUAGCAAGGUAUCGACCGGCGCAAUCAAAAAAUGGUUAAGAACUCAAGACACAUACACGCUCCACAAGCCAAUCAGACGUCGUUUCAAACGAAGACGUAUUGUUGUCGCAGACAUUGACGAACAAUGGGAAGCAGAUCUCGUCGAUAUGUCUAAACUAUCGAAAUAUAAUAAAAACUUCAAAUAUCUCCUCACUGUGAUCGAUACAUUGUCCAAAUACGCAUGGGUUGUGCCUUUACGUACGAAGACCGGUGAAGAACAGGUGUCCGCAUUCGCUAAAAUCUUUGCAAAGUCGAAACGGAAACCUGCAAACCUGCGGACGGAUAAAGGCGGCGAAUUUUUAGGGAAGCGGUUUCAAGCCUACCUUAAAAAAGAAAAUAUUAAUUUCUACAUCGAAUAA